CAUUCUUUGACAGACGCUGGAAAGCGAACCGCUUGCUAAAAACGAAAGCUAACUGCGGAAGAAGGCAGGCAGCAGAAGGGAAUAUGAAAGCAAAAUACUGAAUUGCUUGAAUUCACGAUGUCCAAAUUCCCUUUUAUGUAAGGAAUCCAGAAAUUCAACUGUGUGACUCUCUACAAUUAUCGUGGGCAAGGCGGGCCUUUUGGCUGUCAACCACAGCAACAACACCUGAACCAGUUUCACAGCUCGACCUCGCCAAUGUGCCGUUUGUUUACCUCCUCUUCGAAAGAGCGCCUCAUCAAAUUUCGGUAUGAUGAUUAUCCGCAGCUGGAGGGGACGGUUUGUGCUGGAAUGGAGUCAGUAGCGGCGGCUGCGACGACACAACAUUGACGCUGCCCUAUCACAAUGGCGCACUUCGACACGGAGUACCAGCGCCUGGAGGCGUCGUACAGCGACUCCCCGCCGGGCGAGGAGAACCUGCUGAUGCACGUCCCUGAGGGCGCUAAAUCCCAGUGGCACCACAUCGAAAACCUGGACCUGUUUUUUCAGAGAGUCUAUAAUUUGCAUCAGAAGAAUGGAUUCACGUGUAUGCUUUUGGGAGAGAUCUUUGAGCUGGUUCAGUUGGUGUUCGUGGUGGGCUUCACCGUGUUCCUCGCCAACUGCGUGGACUACGACAUCCUCUUUGCCAACAAGUUUGUCAACCACACAGAUUCCUCCAAGGUCACCCUGCCUGACGCUUUCGUGCCUGUGGACGUCUGCAGCGCGCGCAUUCGAGACAACGCGUUUGUCAUCUUUGUGCUGAUGAUCUCCGGCGUGUUUUGGCUCCAUCGCCUGGUGAAAUUCAUCUACAACGUGUGCUGCUACUGGGAGAUCCGAUCCUUCUACAUUCAUGCCCUCAAGAUGACAAUGUCGGAGCUGCCGUACGCAACAUGGCAGGAGGUUCAGGCCAGGAUAGUGGAGAUCCAGAAGGAGCACCAGAUCUGCAUUCAUAAGAAAGAGCUAACGGAGCUUGACAUUUACCACCGCAUCCUCCGCUUCAAAAACUACAUGGUUGCUAUGGUGAAUAAAUCUCUGCUUCCUGUGCGCUUUCGACUUCCUCUACUUGGAGAUGUUGUGUUCUUCACACGGGGCCUCAAGUACAACUUUGAGCUCAUCUUCUUUUGGGGGCCAGGCUCUCUCUUUGAAAACGAGUGGAGCCUGAAGCCUGAGUAUAAAAGAGGCGGGAACCGUCUGGAGCUGGCCGACAGACUGGCGUCACGGAUCCUGUGGAUCGGCGUCGCCAACCUCCUCUUGUGUCCCGUCAUCCUCGUGUGGCAGAUUCUCUAUGCGUUCUUUAGCUAUACGGAGGUGAUCAAGCGAGAGCCCGGUUCUCUCGGUGCACGAUGCUGGUCUCUGUACGGCCGAUGCUACCUGCGCCACUUCAACGAGUUGGACCACGAGCUCAUGUCCAGGCUUAGCAAAGGCUACAAGGCCGCCUCCAAGUACAUGAACUGUUUUCUCUCACCUCUGCUGACUGUGGUGGCCAAGAAUGUCGCUUUUUUUGCCGGCUCCCUCCUGGCUGUGCUGAUCGCGUUGACCAUCUACGACGAGGACGUGCUCGCAGUGGAGCACGUUCUGUCGUCGAUCACGCUGCUGGGAGUGUGCAUCACAGUGUGCAGGUCCUUUAUCCCUGAUAAGCACAUGGUGUUUUGUCCCAAGCAGCUCUUGCGAGUCAUCCUGGCUCAUAUUCAUUACAUGCCUGACCACUGGCAGGGCAAUGCACACAGAUAUGAGACAAGGGACCAGUUCUCACAGGUCUUCCAGUACAAAGCCGUAAGUAUGAAAGAGAAGCUGCUGAGCCCAGUCGUGACUCCCAUCAUCCUCAUCUUCUGCCUGAGGAGGAAGUCGCUGGAGAUCAUUGACUUCUUCCGAAAUUUCACCGUGGAGGUCGUGGGUGUGGGAGACACUUGCUCCUUUGCGCAGAUGGACAUCAGGCAACACGGGCACCCUGCGUGGAUGUCCGAAGGAAAGACCGAGGCGUCCAUCUACCAGCAAGCAGAAGACGGGAAGACGGAGUUGUCCCUGAUGCACUUUGCCAUCACCAACCCACAGUGGCAGCCCCCACGCGAGACCACGCACUUCAUCAGCCAGCUGAAGGAAAGAGUUCAGCGGGAGGCCACCGGCGCUCCUUCGGAUGCUCAUCCGCUCUCGCUCUCUGAAUCCGAACCGAGGAGCCUGAUUGCCAAUCUUUUGGUGGCGCCGUCCACUCUGGCCUCCGUUCAUUUUGGCCGGGAUGGUUCAUCGAGCGGUCACGCGGUGGUGGCCAGUGAUGCGGUGGCAGCCUUGCGCUCACUUUCCCCGAUCAGCAGCAGUCUUCCCCUGAGGGGCAGCUUUAGUGCUGCUUACAGAACCGCCGGCCACGCCUCCACCAUGAACAGAACCAUGGCAGGGUCUGGAACGGAUGCCCGAACCCUGAGUUCCGGCAGCAGUGCAUGGGAGGCUCAACUCACCAGUUUAGUCUUGUCAGAGUAUGCCUCCACGGAGAUGAGUAUCCAUGCUCUUUACAUACAUGAGUUGCACAAACAGCAGUCCCGCUGCGAUGCGCUCUCCCGCCACACGUGGCACAGGCAGGAGAGCGACGAGAGCAGCGACAGCAUCCCCGAUGAGGUGAAGAGCGUGUCCGGCUCCCGCUACAAGCACUUCCCCCGCUCGCACACCUUUCCUACCACGGUGCCCAGUCCCACUGCCAUCCCCUCUUCAGCUUCCGAAGGCGCCGCCGCCCCAGAGACGAUGUCGUCACGACAGGGUGACGGCAACCAGCGCCCACACAGCGAUACUUUCUGUACAGGAGGGAAGGUGACGAGGUCCGCACGUGUGCCGAUGGGUGGCUGGGCAGAAGAGUCGCACCAAUCAGCACCACGCCGCCCCGAGUCACUACCGGAGGAGAGCUCUGAGGACGAGAUGCCACCGCACGUACACAAGGUUUGUUGACUACAUCAGAUCACCCAAUGAAUUUCUUCCCUUCAAAGAGACUUCAAAACACCACCUUUCUCUUUGGACCUUUUUCCUGGACUGAUGCAAAGAAUAAUGUAUUAGAAUGGAACCUGAAUUGAUUUUUGGGUUUUACAUUGGUCAUUAGAAUGAUCAUGGGGGCCUGAAUAACUGAAUAAUAAUGUUCCUGUGAUUGAAAUGUUUGUUUUUGAGACACGAAAGGCAAAUUAUGUUCUUUUAAAGAAUGACUACACACUACUCACAAAGAGUUGAGAUUCAUCUUUCAGAUAUGAUUUCAGGAUGAACCCAAAAUGCACUAUAACCUCUACAAACGAACUUAAUUUGACUUUUAUGCACGUGCCCAACUGUUGAGUGUUUCAGUGAUUUUUCAACUCUCUGUUGCCGGACAAGGAACAAUUCACAACAAGUUGUUUGACCCAUGAAUGGACCCAUACGUUUCGUGGUUCAAUGAGAAUUGGUUUUUAAAUUGGCCUCUUUGUUAUUGCUGUUCACAAUAUGACGUUAUGAGACCACCGCGACGCCUGACAGUGAAUUUUUUUUUUUUGAGUAUGGACAUGUAUGUACAGUAUACCAUUACAAUGUGCGCCGACUCGAGCUUGCAGAUUGAGCACGAAUCAACACCAUGCACACUUUGCAUUACCAAGUUCUGUGCUUAUUUAAAAAAAUAAAGGGAUGAGUUAUGCGCACUUGCAAUGAAAAAAAAAACAGAUUUAGGUUUUUGCAGCAACCGUCUUGAACGUUACAAAAAUACUGAAGUGAAGCCUCCUCGCCCAUUAACGCUAGACCAGAGAAGAGCUGUUAUUCCAUCAUAGUAAAAGCGCCAUGACUCGAAAUGUGAUCGAUUCACAAUUCUUGAUGCACUUUAAUAACUUGGUGUAGCUUCACUUAGGUUAUUUGCAUGUGUCGCCUGAACGUUUACGUUUUUAAGGGUUUUGUUAAAUUAUGAUUCACGAAAGGGAUGUGCCAUAAAGUUGAUUGUAAAUCGAGUGAAAUGCUGAUGGUUAAAGUGUAUAGACCUUUUUGUUGUUGUUCAUAGAUAUUGUAAAACACAGAUUUGUACAGAAGUAAAUUCAGCCAUUAAAAUUACGUAAUCGAA